AUGCCCGGGAUGCCGCGACGCGGGCAAGGUACGGGAUUCCUAUCCAGAGAUUUCCGUCCCACACAUGUCCAGUGCUUUGAUCCCGACGAGGACCGUCGCUUAGGCCGCAACCACGCGGCGGAUUAUCCAGGUGCAUGCCACCCCCUCCCGCCUUUCAAUCAACCUCCUCCUUUCCCCGGUUCCUCCCACCAACCUAAUCCCUUCCUUGUAUUCCGUCGCCCGCUCCCUUCCCAACCAUGUCCAGCACUCGGACUGCAACGACCGCCGUCGCUUGGGCCGCCACAACGCUGCGCGUUACCUCAGUGCAGCUCAUCCCCCUCCUUCUUGCCCCUAUCUCCCCCCGUCCAGCACUCGGACUGCAACGACCGUCGUCGCUUGGGCCGCCACAACGCGGCGGAUCGCCUGGCAAUCGCGCAGGCCGCAGCAGCUGCAGCGGAGGCGGGCGGCGCAACCGGGGGAGAGAAGGACCGCAGGGGAAGCGGAGGGGGCGCGGAUAAGCCCGGUGGAUCACCUGGGCGGAUACUGUUCGGGGGAGGGGCUGGCGGAGGGGGAGGCGGAGGGGGGUCGGUUCCUAGUGGGAGGCGGAAGAGCAGGCAAUCCAGCGGCGGUGGCGCUGCUGCUGCUGGUGGGGGACUGCAGGACUCGUUGCACUCCCCCAACCCCUCAAGCGACUCAACCCCCGGCGACCAUGCUGACUCAGCUAACCGCGUUGACCGUGUUGACCAGUCAAAGCCCGAGCUUGCCAUUGACCAGAGGAUCCACCCCGUUGACCACAUCGACCAGACUGACCCCAUGGAUACAACUGACGACAAGGGAGCUGGAGAAGUGGAGGGAGAAGAGGGCGAGAGGGAACAGAAUAGAAAAUCGUCUAGUGGUGGCCACCACAGUAACAACAGCCAAGAUAACAGUAACGAGUAUGACAACAGCGAAUAUGGAUGGAAGAAAUCUCCUGGAGCAGCAGCAGGAGCAGCAGCAGCGGCGGUGGCUGGGUCUGUGUUGCCUCGGAGCAGCAAGAGGGUGCAAGGCAGCAGCGCCAAGCCUCUCAAGGUGGACCUAUCCAAGCUGCAGACGAGCUCGCUGCGGCGCUACAAGCGAGUGUAUAAACUCAGAGACGCCUCUUCUGGCAAGGAGGAGCUCAAGCUGGCAGUGGCACAGCACUUCGCGAGUCUGGUUGUAUCUGAGGAGGAGAUUAUCCAUUCUCUGGUGGAGGUGUUUUCCCGGCGGUACCACCAGCGAGCAGCAGCCAAUGCCACGUCUGAGGCCCCUGCUGCAGCUGCUGCAGCUGCAGAAACAUGCUCAUAA